AUGGCGGUUGAGACUGACGACUUCGAUUACGCCGACAAUGGUCGCAAGCGUCGAGAUCUCGGCAAUGACCUUGAAGACAUCGGGCAGAGCACGACCGAGAUUCUCAACAUCGAUACUACAUAUCAACCGGGCUGGGGUCCGAGAGAAGGGUUUCGCGAGAACUUCCAGAACUGGAAAGAUGCUAUCAUGCGAUCAUUCAACAUAGCUGAGCGAGACUUCAAAGUGGAGUGUACCGAGAGCCCGAACGAGAAGUUCUACGCGGUCUAUCACCCACGCAAGAAGAUGAAACGGCUUCUCGGCUACAUGCGCUUCUCUUACGACGCUAUGAAGCUCGGGUCCUUGGAAAUAACCAAUUUCAAAGCCUCGCUCCAACGUCGCCACCUUGGAAUCGGUGGUACGACCAAGGCUGAUGAUAUACAGCAGAUGGGUCAGUAUGGCGAAGGGCUGAAACUCUCGGCCCUUGUGAAUCGUCGCCAUCCGCAUAAUUACAGCUUCACAAUUCACAGCAGCGGAUGCAAAUGGUUCUUCGGCUGGAACUCCGACAAGAAACUCAUAUGUAAGAUCCAGCGGAUACCCCGAGCUCAUCUCACGGAGCAGAAAGAGCUAGCAGCGGAGCAAGAUGAACAGGGCAAGCCACGACAAGCUCAGGGCAGGGAUUGGGAGGACGUCUCUGUCUUCAUUGGCGAACCUCGGAGGUGUAGGUCCUUGAAAGGCGAAGUCAUCACGACCUCUAAAGUUCCACUGGAGGAAUUCGAGAAGUGGUUGUCGAUGACUAUUGACAUCAACGGCCCGACUGACGUUGUGCGCACCAAAUAUGGAGAUCUCAUUCUCGAUCCAAAGUUCGAGAACAAGAUCUACAUUCACGGCCUGCAGCUUCCUAACGGGAGUAAAUCUGGCAAGAAGUUCAAGUUCGGGUACAACUUACUCUAUGCGGCAACCGGUCGGGAUCGCGACACCACUGCUGACGCAGACGAAGAGGCAGGGGAAAUAUCAGAAAUCUGGGAUAGUGUUCUUACGGAGGAAACGAAGAUUGAGGAUCCUCGCCAAUGCCUAGCGAAGUACACGGUAUUGCUUCGGGAGCACUUUCAUAAUGCCGCCGAUGUUUUCAACAUCGAAAAGCACAUUGACGAGGAGGUCACACAUUUGGUAUGGGAGGAGAUGUUGAAAGAGAAGAAGAAUGGCCGGCCGGUAUUCUUCUACGAAGCUGGCGGAGACCCACGGGACGCUAGUACCAUCGAACAGCGACUUAAGCGCGAGCCGGUCCCACUUGAGAGUAAAUUGUGGAAAGUCUUUCGCGAUGAUCUUCUCUGCUUAACUCCCCUUGAGGAGCAGUUGCGAUUAUUCCGCCAGGCCAAGCCUACGACUCCCAAAGACACUCCCUUUGCCAAGCAUGUUCUCAAGGGCCUCAAAGCCCUGCUGGCGCUCGACCCCAUUACUGCGAACUCGAGGAUAAUACCAGUCGACGGCCAAGGACUGGGGGUGCUCGUAAACUUCCACGACAACGAAUGGAAGCUGGAUGACACGUGGUUGACCCAAGAAGGCUCUCAUGAACUGACAUUCUGCGAGGAUCAGAACAAGAAGGAGACCGACUCUGACUACGUCUUCUCUUGCGACCAUGUAAUCCUAUGGAUCUACGACAACAUGGUCAAUGCUCUAAAACUGCAACCGGAGUCCAACAUCACCGCGGAAAAGGAAGCUUUCCUCAAGAGCAUGGCUAGGACAAAGAUGCAACAGAUGCCGCGCGCUAUAAAAUUGGCUGCGGACAGAUAUCGAAAUGGACUCGUCAUGUCCUGGGUCUCAGUGGAACCUUGCAACAAAGGAGGCAUGCCGAUCAAGGCUACAUUGCAUUCCACUAAAUGCGCUUCUAACAUCAAGUGGGAAGACGAAUUACUCCACCUUCCGCAGAGGAAUCCUGGGUGCAAAUGUCCAUCCGCGGCAUCGACCGUCAACAGCGGGCAAGUCCGUUUUAUGGACCUCGACAAGCAUCAGGAGUAUUUCCCAGUGCUCUCGCGGGAUACCCAUCAUGCAAUGUACGGGGUGGUUCCUGCUGCGGUAUCACCGUCCGACCUAACGCUUCCCACCUGGCGCCCCUUUUACUCCGUUAGUGAAAAAGUGUCUCCGGAGAAAGUCGCCGAGUUGUUCAACAACCAGCCACCGCCGAAGGGAUGGAAAUCCGUCACCCAUCAAGACCUCUUCAAAGAUGGUUUUCCGUACGCCUAUUUAUGGCUUUCUAACGAGGGGUCUGACGCCCAGAUCUUCGUCGCAAAGUCGAAACCAAACAUCGUGAAAGCGGACCUCAAGCGCGCACUCGGAGGUGCCACCUCAGAUGCUGCCGAGAAGAAGCCGAAACUUGGGUAGUCUAAGGAUGGUGGGUU